CUAACCAGAGUGAUUUGCUCCGCUGUCUAAUGUGUUAUUGAACAUUAAAAAAAAAUAUAUAAGAUAAUAACUAAUAAGUUAAGCAUUAAAAGAUGCUAAUAAUCACCGGAAACAGAGUCGACAUGAGAGAAAAAGCUGAAUCACAUUCUCAGCUUAAGAAGCUUACACUGCUCUAUACGACAAAACCUUGUGACAAUAUGCUCAAAAUCAAAACCUCACCUGCUUCUUCCCUCUCUUAGAGAUAAAGCGACAACUCCUCACCAACCCUUUGUUUCAUUUCCUAAAACGACUCCGUUUUGUCAUGUCGCUCUCUCCUUCCGCCUCGCCGGCUCCGGCAGAUUCUCCGCCCGCCACGUCAUCACCUCCAGCUCCUCCUUUGUCUCCUGUUCCCUCGCCAUUGGGUUCUCCUCCUCCAUUGGCUCCACCACCGUCUAUCUUACCUCCCACAGCUUCCCCACCACCACCGUCUCCUCCGUUAGAAGCUCCACCAUCUCCUCCGUUGGAAACGCCACCGGUUCCCCCGGAGGAACCACCACCGUCUCCUCCAGAGGAACCCACACCUUCUCCUCCGUCUCCUUCCGGUUCACCGCCAUUGCCUUUCCUUCCCGCCAAACCGUCUCCGCCGCCUUCUCCACUUCCUUCUGAAACACUACCGUCGCCGGGAAAAACAGAUAGUCCACCACCUCCUUCACUACCAUCUGAACUACCCCCGCCGGUGAAUGCAGCUUCUCCACCACCUCCGUCUCCUCCUCGCCUGCGUGGCCCUAAACCUUCACUUCCUCCUCCCAUCAGUUCUUCUCCUCCAAAGACUUCUCCGAGCACUCCGUCUCUCCCGGAAACUUCCCCACCAACUAAACCACCACCAUUCCCGUCUUCAUCCACUCCGGCGCCGAAGAACUCGCCGGCAACAACAACUCUUCCUUUCUUCGGCCCAGUAGGCCCACCAGAUGGAACUAUAGCAGCACCCAUUGGGCCCAUUAUAGAGCCCAAAACAACCCCCGGCGAAACAAUCUCCCCGGGAACAGCACAGCCACUUGUACCAAAGAGUCUCCCCGAAACGACGUCGUAUCACCGAUCCUCCGCCGGGUUCUUAUUCGGCGGUGUGAUCGUUGGAGCUCUUCUGCUUGUUCUCUUAGGUCUUCUCUACGUCUUCUACAGAGCCACCAGAAACAGAAACAACACCUCUCGUCAUCAUCAAUCAAAAACUCCACCAAAAGUUCAACAUCAACGAGGUGGUAAUGUGGAACCAAACCAGUCCAAUGUUAUCACUAUACCACCACCUAACUAUUCAUCUAGCGUAAGCUACGGUACUAAGGAGAAGAGCAAUGCUAUUGCAAUGAACGUUACAAUAUCAUCAGGAACGUUCACAUACGAAGAGCUACUAGAGGCAACGGGUGGAUUCUCAGAGGCCAACCUCUUGGGAGAAGGAGGGUUCGGCUACGUUCACAAAGGAGUGCUGAGAAACGGGAGAGAAGUUGCGGUGAAGCAGCUGAAGAUUGGGAGCAAUCAAGGUGAAAGAGAGUUCCAAGCUGAGGUUGACACUAUUAGUAGAGUUCAUCAUAAGCACCUUGUCUCGUUGGUUGGUUAUUGCAUUAACGGAGAUAAAAGACUGUUGAUUUACGAGUUUGUUCCUAAAGAUACGUUGGAGUUCCACUUGCAUGGGAAUAGAGGAAGUGUGUUGGAGUGGGGAAUGAGGCUCAGGAUUGCUGUAGGAGCAGCUAAAGGAUUAGCUUAUCUUCAUGAGGAUUGCAGUCCAACUAUAAUUCACCGUGAUAUCAAAGCAGCUAAUAUCCUUCUAGAUUCCAAAUAUGAAGCAAAGGUCUCUGACUUUGGGCUAGCAAAGUUCUUUUCAGACACUAAUUCAUCAGUCACUCAUAUCUCUACUCGAGUGGUAGGAACUUUCGGAUACAUGGCUCCAGAAUAUGCGUCUAGUGGUAAAGUAACUGAUAAAUCAGAUGUAUAUUCAUUUGGGGUCGUGCUUCUAGAACUCAUCACUGGACGUCCACCAAUUUUCGCCAAAGAUCCUACCAGAAACCAGAGUUUAGUUGACUGGGCGAGGCCAUUGCUUGCAAAAGCUAUCUCUGGAGAGAGUUUUGACCUUCUUGUAGACCCUAGACUGGAGAAGAACUACGACACAACUCAAAUGGCAGACAUGGCUGCUUGUGCUGCUUCUUGCAUACGCCAAUCAGCUUGGCUACGGCCCCGGAUGAGCCAGGUAAUCCGUGCUCUUGAAGGCGAGGUGACCCUAAGAAACGUGGAAGAGACGUACAGCUCUUCUGAAAACCCUCUACCGUAUGGAACAAGUAAGAGGAGAUUCAACACUGAUUCAAGCAAUGGUUCCACUUCAGAGUAUGGAAUCAAUCCUUCUCAGUCAAGCAGUGAACAACAUCAGUUUACAGGUUCUAAAGUGUAGUAAGUGACUCACCACAACUAUUGAGCUUAUUGGCAUGAUUAGUCUACUUCAUUCAUUUGUAGCUAUGUGAUUGACACCGGUGAAAGGUUCCAAAGAACACUGCUUGUGUUCUAGCUUUCACAGUGAACUAUAAAUAUGUUGUAAUCUUGAUUUAUAUAUUUUUCUUGAACAA